AUGCAAGGGAGCGACAUCGAAAGCGAGUCGACCUCGAAGAAAUUCAAGACACCAAGUCAGUCUGCAAGUGUUUACAAGGCCAAACAAUCACUGGGUCAGAACUUCUUGGUGGAUAUGAAUGUUGCUAGACGCAUUGUAGAGUCUUUGCAGGAUAAGAGCGAGGAUGGGCGAAGUGUCGUCGAGGUGGGGCCUGGCAAGGGAGCGCUGACAGCAAUGCUGCUGCAGCAUUACCCAAAGAUGACAGCGAUAGAGAUAGAUCAGCGGUCGGUGCAGUACCUCUCAGGACAGCUACCUGAACUCUCCGUCAUUCAUUCUUCGGUCCUAGAUGUUGACUGGAAGGAACUGUCGGCCAAUCGGGCGGCGGGAGACCAAAUCUCUGUCAUCGGCAAUCUGCCCUACUACAUCGUCUCUCAGAUCUUGUUCUCCAUCCUCGAUGCUGCUCCGCACAUCCGCAGAGCCGUGCUGACGAUGCAGUGGGAAGUAGCCCAGCGAGUGGUCUCGGAGCCGAGGUGCAAGCCCUACGGGAUCCUUAGCGUAGUGUCUCAGCUUUACGGCACCCCCAAGAUCGCCUUCAAGAUCCCCCCCAACGUCUUUCAGCCCCAGCCCGACGUUGACUCGGCUCUUGUCGUCAUUGAUUUCCCCAAGGAGCGUCCUUCCUUUGGGAUCAACGAGUGCAACCUCCGGACGGUGCUCCGGUCCGCCUUCCAGAUGCGAAGGAAGAUGCUGAGACAGAGCCUCAAGGCCCUUGUGACGGAGAGAGGGAUCGUCCUCCCCGAGGAGCUGGGGACUCGACGCCCGGAGUCCCUGACCCCCCACGAGUUCAUAGAUCUCACGAAGCUCAUCUUCGGGGAAGGGACGACACCCGAGGGAGUUGCCGUGUGGAGGGGAAAGUUGGACGAUCUUGCAAGGAUCAACUAG